ACACGAGAAGUAAACUCAGCAUGGCAGAUCGUGGCAAGCCGCCGAGACCGAAAAGUGGCAACAAGAAACGACCCCCUAGACAGAAACGAAAAAAUGAAGGAUCAUCAGAUGCUGGUGGAGAUACUGGUUCAAAUACAAACCCUGACACACCAGAUAAUGGACUCUCCCCUGAGGAAAGUCUGGAGAGAGAGCUGGUGUGGUGUAUUCAGCAGCUUGAAGCUGGGCUGGCAUCACAGAAAUCAGAUUCUAAACAAGUGCAAGACUCGCUGAAAAUCCUCAAGACUCUUAAGAACCCUAAGGCACCACUUGUGAAGAAACGGCAAAUGAUGCGCAUGACAUUUGGCGAUUAUAGAAAGAAAAUGCAAGAAGAAGAGAAACGAUUUGCUGCAAGUGCCAAGAAAAUCUGCCUCAAACCCGCACCCCAGAAACACUCCCAGAAGUCAAGUACUUUCCUCAGAAAGUCUCAGCAUGUCAGUAGUCAAGGCCAGACAAAUGAUUCACAGAACUCCAACACAUCUUGUGGCUCUAUAAUGUCCAAUACAGGAUCUGGAUUUACGUUCAGUUUUCAGUUGAACUCUGACAAAGGAGAUUCAUCAGAGAAAUCGGCUGUGGGUGGUGUAAUAACGGAAAAUGGGAGGGAGCCUGUUGUUACGGCAGUUGAUUCAAAUGCAAGUGUUAAUUACUACAGAAUGAUGCCCAGUGGGCAAAACUUUACAUUCAAUUUCUCAGCAGGAAAAACAGAGAACAAUAGUGAUCUAAUAGUUGAUACAAAAGUGAAACCCACAGGUAGUGACAGGAGAAUUGACAAGGCCAGCACCAAAGGUAGCAGUGAAAUAAGUCACCAGGGUGGAAGGCAACAAGGAGAGACUGAAAGCAAUGCAACAGGUGCUGUUCAGCACUCGACUACUGACCCUUUGAGUGUUGUUACUGAUGAAAAUUCUGCCAAAUUUGCUGCCAUGGAAAUAUCAGAAAGCUCUUGA